AUGAGCCAUCGUUUGUUAUUCAUUGCGAUAUUUUUCUAUUCUAAUAUUCAUCCCGGUUUCACAUUCCAACCAUUCAAAAUUAGUGUUGUUCGAAGAGAUCCAACAUCACAAAAUUCUCAAACAGAGGCACUUGAUACUGCAAAUAUUCCCGAUAAUGAACCCGAUCCGUUCGAUCUCAAUGACUUCACAAAUCAUCUUAUUGAUCUAAGCGAUAAAAGUAAAGUUCUGAAACUGCAAAUUGAAACUAAAAAAUACAUGCACAAAUAUGGUCCUCAAGUGGUUUUGGACGCCAUUCUCAAAAAAUUCCAAUCACCUGAAAUACCAUCGAGUGUAUGGAAAUAUUCGGAUAAGAUUUGGGAAACCAUAUUGGGAAGUCUUGGAGCAACAAUUCCGCCGAAAAACGAGACUCGCGAUGAUAUUUCAAUCAAUUCGAAAAAGGAUAAAAAUCAUUUUGAUGAAACCAAUUUUCUUCGCGAUUUGCCCAUUGCUCCUGAUGUUCAAAUCAAACAAGGUCAUCACCCGCACUUUGUUAAUAUUGGAAAAGCAAAAUCCAUAAGACCGCUGAAACCGACGAAACUCGCCUAUCUGUCUUCAAAUGACGUCAUUCUUGGAAGCACAUCGACUGAAUCUAAGUUACUUCGGCAUCGAGAACUCCGUCGAUCACCAUCGAAAGGAAAACGACGAAGAGUUUCGAAGAAAACAUUGGAAAAAAUGUUCGAUCUUCUCGAUGAAUUCGGAGUUUCUAGUUUUCGCAUCGAGACCUCUGAUUACAUUGUGCGAGCACAAGCUGAUCCAGAUAAAACACUUUUCGUACCAUCGAAAAUCGCGAAAAAGCAAUAUUUCAAAUCACCACGUUAUCCGGCAUUCAUUUAUAGCGUAAGAUUUCAAACUUAA